AUGUCUUCUUCUGCUUCUUCAUCUUCACCCUUCCAAAUACGGUCUCAUCCCACCAAAGGCCGCGGCCUCUACGCAACCCAAUCCUUCUCUCCCGGCGAAGUCAUCUUUCCCUUCACUCCUCUCCUCCUCCUCCCCACCGUCUCGUGUCUCAACAUCGUCUGCUCAUACUGUCUCCGUCCGGGAAACCCUCGUGCCUGCUCCCGCUGCCACGCGGCUUCAUACUGCGACGCGACAUGCCAAGCAGCGGCCUGGAAAGCAGUCCAUUCGCGCGAGUGCAAGGUGUUACGGCAGGGUAUCAAAGAUGAAGAUCGGAGGAGGCGGUUGCCGACGCCAACUAGAGCGCUGAUUCAGGCUAUACUGGGGAAAGAGAUUGAAGAUGGAUUGGAAGGUCUAGAAGGCCAUGUUUUGGAGAAGAAAGCGGCAAAAGGUGAAGAGUGGAAGGACAUCGAAAUCAUGGCCAUGGCGGCUUGUGCGUUUUCUGGCAAAGGCACAGCAGAGGAGGAUAUUCGGAAAGCAGCUGAGAUGCUGUGCAAGAUUCAAAACAAUUCUUUCCAGAGAUUUGACUCCGAUUUGGGUGUCAUUGGCUUGUUUCUCGAGCCCACACUGGCCAUGGCAAACCACUCCUGCAUUCCCAAUGCCGCAGUCCAAUUUAUUGGGCGAAACGCUCUCCUCAUUGCCGAGAAUCCCAUUCGCGCCGGAGAUGAGAUAGAAUUGGCUUAUACCUGUAAGGAAGAGCCUCUACCUGUGCCAAUGACGUUUCCUUCUCUUUCGACUACUACUGUAGUUUACACCGAUCCUUUACCCAAACGAAGAGAAGCACUGGCUCAUUACAAAUUUGUUUGCCAAUGCCUUCGUUGCCGAGACAAUCUCAACGUCUAUCAGGUCGCAGCCGUCUCCCCCAGUGUCAACCUCAACAGCCAGAGUCUUGUAUCAGAUAUCUCAAAGUUCCGCCAUCAUCCUGCAACCAGCAACUCCAGCAAACAGUCCAUAAUUAACCAAUAUAGCGAGUCAGCUGACCCCAUCGUCAAUGCUUUAGCAGAAAUCGAGUCACCAUCAGAGCGUCAUAAACUCCUCAAGAGCGAGUAUAAAAAGCGCAAGGCUCUGGUUGAUGAGGAGCUCUGGGCCGUCACGCCACUACCAGACAUCCUAUUUAGGAUAUCCAUGCUAUACGGUGAAGAAGAAAACUUUACCUUUGCUCUGCCGGUAGCGUGUCUCAUUGCCACGGCUUGCGAUCCGUACCAGUAUACCUCGCCUUUCCACUCGAUUCGACUAUCUGGCCUGUUCACCAUAGCAAAUUUCCUCACUCAUACCGCUGCAACAACGGCUUCCUUGGAGAACUCAACCACACCAGUCUCAAAAACAGCAUUGCUGGAGCAGAAAAUCGAGCAAACCCUGCGAGAAAUCGAUCAAGUCUCGCUCUGCCAAAUGCUGCUCAUCAUGGUACUGAGAUAUUCACCAAGCAAGUAUGGCACUAAGAUGGAUCUUGCUGUAAAAGCACAGGCGCUUUUGGAUGACAUUGAGAGAUUGGCCGGCAGGGAGCAGGAGGCGUCUCUAAUUGAUGAAUGGCGGCGAGAUCCCAACAGCGAAAAGUCUCAGGCUUUCUUUGAAUUUGCUGUUGUGAAGCAAGUAGAUACCUUGGCUAGCCUUGGAAAGGAGGUCUUGGAGCGAGACUUUGGGGAUGCUGCUGCUUAA